AUGGCUUGUAUUUUAGAACUGGAUCAGCCUACAGCUGAGCUGAUUAUCCAGAUACAACUGCAAGACGCCUCCUCUUUCUCGAACACCCUCAAAGGCAAAUCUCGGGAUCCUACAGACAAAGAGCUGGCUUUCUAUUUACAGAAAGAGCAACUGGAAGCAGUCUCACAUGCUCUCAAGGAUAGGCGAAUGGUCAUGAGUUUUGCAGCCGCGAUUCAAGCGGAUGGGCGCAUCUUGGCUGAAACCCAAGUGGAAGAAGAGAGCGCAUCUAAAGAUCGAAUCGUUGCGGGUCAAUGGAUGGAAGGUGAACAUCUUGUCUCGCCCAAUGAUUUCGAGCCAAAAGCAGCGGGUUUAGAUGAUGAGACUCUGGAAAAACUCGAGAUUCUGUAUGUGUCCGGCUUGAAAGGAUACUACAAAAGGGAGGAAGGAGGCAUGACUGGUACUGAAGCUGGCCUUCCCGAAUCAUCUGCUUGGGCAGCUCGACGAUCUCAUCAAUCACAUUUACGAAUGGUUCAAUGUGUUGCCUGUGGAGAUAAUACAGAGUUCUUCAACGUGGCGCGGGCCCCCUGUCAACAUGAGUAUUGUCGCUCUUGUUUGGAAGCUCUUUUCAGAGCCUCAAUAACAGACGAAUCGCUAUUCCCCCCAAGGUGCUGCAGCCAGCCCAUCCAUUUGAGCACGGCUCGCAUAUUUCUCAAGUCUGAUCUCGCCCAGCUGUACGAGAAAAAAAAGAUUGAGCUUGAAACGCCAAACAGAACGUACUGCUACUCUACUAUAUGUUCUGUCUUUAUUGAGCAAUCCCAUAUCGAUGGUGAAGUAGCCACAUGUCCGGAGUGCCAGCACACGACUUGUAUAACUUGCAAAGGGCGAGCACAUACGGGCGACUGUCCGAAUGACUCUGCUAUGCGGCAGCUGUUACUAGCGGCACAAGAAAAUGAAUGGCAACGCUGUUAUUCCUGCUGGCGACUAGUGGAACUAGAUCACGGUUGCAAUCAUAUGACCUGCCACUGUGGUGCCCAAUUCUGUUACAAUUGUGGGGAGCAAUGGAAAAAUUGUGAAUGUGAACAAUGGAACGAACAUCGCCUCCUUGCACGUGCAUACCAAAUUGUGGAUAGAGAAGAAGGUCAUCCACGAGCUGCCCCUCCCCUGCCAAAUAUCCAUGAAUAUCGAUUGGGAGAACAGAUUUCGCCAGAUAUUGACGAAGCUCAUAUUCAAGGGACACAGGAAGAGCCACCCUCGGUUGCUUUGGCACCGACUUCUGCGCAGAGUAUUCGUGAUACUUUAAUUGCAAGAACAGUUCAGGAGCUUCGAGACAACCACGAGUGCCAGCAUGAUCGAUGGAAAUUUGCUGCGAGCUUGCAAUCGCUGCAGAAGAAAUAG